AUGGCUGCCACGAGCAACGUAACUGAAAUCAUUCUCUUGGGAUUUUCCCAGAACCAGAAUGUGCAGAAGGUCCUUUCUGUGCUAUUUCUCUUCUUGUAUACAGCCAUUGUGCUGGGCAAUGGCCUAAUUGUAGUAACUGUCAUAGCCAGCAAAGGACUCACUUGCCCCAUGUAUUUCUUCCUGAGUUACCUGUCCUUUGUAGAGAUGUGCUACUGUUCUGUCACAGCCCCCAAGCUCAUCUUCGAUUCUUUCUUCAAGAAGAGGGUCAUUUCUCUCCAGGGCUGCAUCACACAGAUAUUUUUCCUCCAUUUCUUUGGGGGCACAGAGAUCUUUCUGCUGACGGUGAUGGCCUAUGACCGCUAUGUGGCCAUCUGCAAGCCUUUACACUAUGCUACCAUUAUGAACCGACGGGUGUGUGGCCUGCUGGUGGGGGCAGCCUGGAGUGGGGGCUUGCUGCAUUCCAUGGGACAGACCUUCCUCAUUUUCCAGCUACCCUUCUGUGGGCCCAAUGUCAUCGACCACUACUUCUGUGAUGUCCACCCAGUGCUGAAGCUGGCUUGCUCAAACACCUUCCUCAUUAGCCUGCUCAUCAUCAUCAAUGGUGGCUCCAUCUCCGUGAUCAGCUUUGCAGUGCUGCUGGCUUCCUACGUGGUCAUCCUGCACUCCCUGCGAAGGUGCACGGCUCAAGCAAGGCGCAAGGCCCUCUCCACCUGUGCCUCCCACCUUGCCGUUGUGGGCCUGUUUUUCAUACCCUGCUCCUUUGUGUACAUGAGGCCCUGUGUCACCCUCCCUGCUGACAAGACAGUGGCGGUCUUUUACACGGUGGUCACACCUCUCUUAAACCCGGUCAUUUAUUCCUUCAGGAAUGCUGAAAUGAACAAUGCCAUGCGUAGACUCGUGAGCAGGAAGGUGAUUUGGGAAGAGAAAUAG